CGAUCAUUCCUGAGCUGAUGCGCGGUGACAACACCCGGCCGGGGCCCACGCCGGGGAAAUUAGACCGUCCCGGGGGGGGCAGUGUCGGCUGGCGGGGGCGACAAACAUCUGCCGACCCCAGUGACAAUGGCCGUUUUUCACGACGAGGUGGAGAUCGAGGACUUCCAAUAUGAUGAAGACUCGGAGACCUAUUUCUACCCCUGCCCGUGUGGGGAUAACUUCUGCAUUACCAAGGAAGAUUUGGAGAAUGGAGAAGACGUGGCAACGUGUCCUAGCUGCUCCCUCAUUAUAAAAGUAAUUUAUGACAAGGAUCAGUUUAUGUGUGGAGAAACAGUCCCAGCCCCUUCCACUCACAAAGAAUUAGUUAAAUGCUGAAGAAGCCUUUAGGAAUCCACAUGCUGAACAUUUGGGAAUGAGCCAGGCUGGAAAAAUCAGAUGCAAAGUUAUUGUCUUCUUCCCGAGGACAGCCAUUCUGCAGCUGACUCAUGAAGGUGUGGGUCCUUGUCGCUGGCUGUCAAGUUCACUCCAAUUAAAGAAGCAAGUGCAGAACAUGACAUGCCUGGAUUUUGUGCUUAGAGCUUUGACUUGGAUGUGUUCUUAAUUUUCCAUGUGAAUUUUGUGUCUUACACCUGAUUUCUUCCUGCCCUGAUCACAGCAUCAUCUACCUCAAAGUCAUCAGGAUUCCUUAAUAAAAAAGGGGGUUAUAUUUUUGGCUUAGUUACAAAGAUUAUUAAAAUUAGCCCUUUCUUUGAAGUCGGACAUCAGAUUUGCUCUUCUAAACUCAAAUUAGCUGCUUCGUCCACAGCGCUUUCAGUUCCCAUACCAAGCCCGUCUUCACAGUCUUGCAUUCAAUCGAAUGUUCAUGUUCUGUUUAACACGCCACCUCCAUGCUACUUUUUACCUGGAGUUCUGGUCAUGGUAUUAAAGAGGAAAUACACCGAGCUCACCAUUUCUCCAGAGCGAAGAAGUAAGAAAGAAGUCAAAAAAGUGAAAUGAUCAAAGAAUCUGGAGUUUCCUUUUCAGUCUUCCGCAUGUUCCUCGAAAAUUGGGACAAGACAAAAAGAAAAGCAGCCGAAGGAAUGAAAUUGGUAGCAGAAUGAGAGGAGGAAAACUUGCCAACUUAUAAAUUAAGUGCUUGAAUGGUUUUGCCAGGUCAGAGCAGACAAUCACUAUGUAUCUGUCUCUUGUUUGUCUGUUUUCAGACGAGAUCGGGCGUGUUCAGGGUGGUAUGGCCAUAGACUCUUGUUUGUCUGUUUUCAGAUAAGGCUAAUGAAAUUGCUUUCGAGAUAGGGGUUCGCGUCAAGGCCCCAUGGUGGGCAGCAGUGUUUUCAGCGUUACCUCAAAAUCGACUCACUGCCCCUAAAGGUUAAAGCUUCUACAACUCUUUCGUUUGCCGAGGAUGAACUUGAAGAUGAGAUGCUGACUCUAAAUGAAAAUGUCCCUGGGGAUGCAUCAAGAUAGGCUGUCAGACUUCCUUUGCUGCAGUGUAGUAGCGAGAAAUCAAUCACACAAAAAUUCAAACUUUUAUAUACACCAUUUUGCUAUGUGUUUAUAAAAUUUAUAAGCUCACUGAUGUCUGGCAGGUUGUUUUGGGAACAGUUCCUGCAAUUGGAAAAAAUAGCUUGUCAGAACAUGACCUGUCACUGGUUGACACAUGUACUGCACACACUCACCGUGGGUUUAAAUUAAAACUAGGUGGCCUUUGAAAACACACACCAUGUUAUGUGCAGCCAUUAUAUUAAAUCAAAAAUUGUACGCCAGAAAUGCGUCGUACGUGAUACGGCAUUGUAUAGCAUAUGCCCGGAAUGAGAAGUCUCAUUGCUGUUCAGGGACACUGGUGCCCCAGAGGAACCCGCCAGUGAAUUGGAGCCUGCAGCCAUGUAGCUAAAAGCAUUUUGUGUGCUAACUGCUGGGAAUUAACUGCAAAGAGAAACGAACUGUUGCAGGCUCAAAUAUGAUGCUUUGUAAGUCCUAAUACUAACUCCUUAAGCUGAUAAUGAAUUUCAGACAGGAACAGGCACCCCUGAUGUGGGUCUACUGCAAACAUAGAGGGAAUAAAAGAGCCCAAUCCAAGCAUCCCGGGAGAAAAAAACUGCACUGGAAAUCAGUGAUCAGUGAUAAUCUGCAGUGAUGGGAAUGAUUUUGUUUCCAAAGCCACCGAGUUCAUAAAUUUGUUAACUACAAAAGAGCAAGGUUUAAUCCUAUGUGAAGCAGAAAGUAAAACCAGGGUCUUUCGGGUAUAAGUAGAGUUCUGUGUGAUACUGUGCACCUUGUGUACCUUGCCAGGCCUUUCAGACCACCUCUGAGAACUGAUUUGUAAACCAGGCUCUGUCUCUUACUAACUUUGUAGUCUUUGGCAAGGCCAGCGGAUUUGUCACCUCUACACUUAGGAGACUAGAUCAGAUGAUUUCUAAACUGUCAGUGCUAGAAUUUCAGCCUUCAUUGCUUGCCAGAGCUGAAAUGGUCAUUGAAACCUUUAUAAACUCAAAACUAAAUCAUGAACUAUUAGAGAGACCCCAUGCCUCUUUAGUGACUUGAUGUUACCACACUUCUGAGUUUGAAAAUAAAGUCAACUAACGGAUUCUGCAUAUAUUUUAGUGUACUUAUCCAGAAGCACUUUUUUGGGGGGAAAGCACCCAAUGCUUCUGAUUGCUGUGCCUAUUAAUUUAUUAUCAGAAUACAUUUUAUUGACAUGCUAAAUAAAAUCAUAAUUCAAAUCCA